GAUUAUAUACCCAAAGAGUGAGUUUCGUUUUUCGUCCGACUUGACAUGGGGUGUGAUUUUCCGAGGCAGCAGAAGGCUCUGAUACCGAUAGCAAUACGAUGCACUCAAAACUUUUUCCCUUCUUUCGAAAGGCUCAAUCCCGUUUGGACGGUUCACAACGGUUCUCUGUUCAUGGUUUCGUGCUCGGCGGAAGAGUUUUUUUCUUUUAGUUACGGUCUAGUUUUUUGCGUGAAAGAUUACGAUCGUGGUAAAAAGGAUGAUUUAGUAGGCCGAGUUGAAUUGACACAGGAACAAUUGUUGUCGAUGACGGGUGAGCGAGUCGCAAUAGAAUUAUAUGUUCCCCAGGGAAUGCGCAAUCAUGCACCGAACAGAGGAAAUGAUCGGAAAGACCCCUUAUAUAGUCCGAAGUUGAUUUUGCGAAUUCGGAAGGCAACGCCGGCGGACCAAAAAUUCAUCAAGAAAUUCAGGGAAAUAAAACGCUCAAAACGAGAGGCAGUGUACGUCGACACAACCUUCAAUGCAAACGCAGAUUUGAUGGGGCUUUURAAGAGGGAAUCGAAAAUUCUAGAUGGCGUUGAAUUGGUAAGACGUGUGAGACAUGCAGAAAACACCAUCAUCUAGCUACACACAUCGCUAGUAGAUGACAUGCAGAUCGAUUCAAUYGACGAGUUGACCAUUCUAACGCUUUGUCCUUUCGCUCUUYCUGCUUUCCUUUAUUUUACUUACUGCUCGAACUACCGUCRAUUCUGAAAAGUUUUGUGUCAAACCUGGACCCGAUCCCGACCGCCCUGCAUACCAAACAAGGUGGAUGACCAAAUCCGAGAUAGCGGUAGAAAACAUGAAACCCUCGAGAUCUUGGAUCGAGUCAGGAAAUGGAAAGCUUGGAAAGAUUUUUGUUGAAGUACUCAAAUGCGAAAACCUUCCAAACGUCAUGUUCACUCGCAAAGUGAAGAGUGAAAGGGGGUGUACAGACCCAGUAAGUGCAAAGCAAAUAAAUCAAUUCUGAAUCAUCCUAGAUGAAAAUGAUAACGUUGGAAUAAUUCCUAACUCCAUGUUUUAGUUUUGYUGUCUAGUAUUUGAGGACGCGAUUGGAUAUACUGAUGCUAUUCGAAAUUGUACCAAACCACGAUGGAUGCCAUGGUCGCAGAGAGCAUUUGUGUUCAAUGUGGCUCACGCAAGUAGCAAUCUUAUGAUUGGUGUUUUUGACCAUGGAAUCACUGGAUACCACCAUCCGCUCGGACGUGUGUCUGUAAAUGUAACCAAUCUGUCACCAAGAACUGAAUACGUCCUGUCAUUCGAUCUUUACAAGUCCGCACUGCUGGACAAUAAUCGCAAGCCGCAUGGAAAGAUAACGAUUCGGAUACGGAUUGAUUUCAAUAAUCGUGGUAUUUCAAACUAUACCCUUGGAGCUGCCAGUAAUCUACCCAGAACAAAUURCCUUAAUCUGCCAAACAGGUUUGAAUUUAUGACGGUAUAUUAUGUUUGUCAUGGCGAUGAAGAUCCUACAAGAUUUUCGUUGGAAACAUUAUACGCAUAUCAAGCUGAAUUAGAAGAACAUUUUGUACAUGUUCAUCAAGUAAGRCAAGCGGCCUUGACGGUCAUGUUUUGGCGAGGACACCACAAGAUAAAGAUCUUCGGGAUAUCGUUGAACGUUCCCAUGCACAGUGYAGUCGCAUUUCUAAUGGGUAUUACACUUAUCGAAAAUCUUGAUCUACUGCCUUCCUAUUUGCUAUUUUCGAUUGUGUGGCUCUUAGCUGCAACAUAUGAAGCACGCCAAGCCCAUCCAUCACCUUGGGCGGGGUCAGUGACACUUUCUGAUAUGUGGCAAAGUGCUAUUUACAGCAAGAGCUUUCCUCGAUCUAUAGCUGAAUUUGAAAAUGAAGAAGCUGUCCUUAAGUACGAAGAGGAGRCGAGACUCCGSUACGAGGAAGAGCAAGAAAUCCAAAAAGAACGCCACGAGACCGCCGAACAAUUAGCCGACUUAUAUGGCCAAGGGUCUACUGAACCAGAGGACCUCUCAGCAGAGAGUGCCACCAAGAAAGUUGGAAGUGUCAUYAUGGAUAAGAUAAACUCUGUCAAUCCUCUCGCAACGUCAUUGCUACCAAUUCAGACUACGCUCGGAAAUACAGCAUCAUUUAUUCGUAUAUUGCGAAGUAUCUUGCUUUGGGAUGAAACCAUUUAUGCCUUCAUUAUUUUGAAUGCUUCACUUGGUUUGGGGGUGUUAUUUCUUUUUGUUCCGUGGGGCUGGCUUGUUCGAUGGAUAUCAAGAUUAGCGAUCUGGGGUUUCCUUGGUCCAUGGAUGAAGCUUGUCGAUUUGUACAUUUUACCGAGAUAUUUUGGUGCAGGUAAAGACAAGGACAAAAUACUGGGUGAUUAUGCAAAAGAGCAAAUUGAUUCUCUUGGUCUCACAAAAGAGAACACUUUGAGAAAAAGGGAGCAAGUUUACAAACUACGAGCUAUGAAACGUUAUAUGUUUGGAAAGUUCUCAGUUAUGGUUCCAAGAUACAAGGACUACAGGUAUCGCGAUACUCCUUUACCUGAGUCGAGUGCCACACCAAUAUCASAAACACCGGAGAUUAAGGUCACGAACACUUGGCCCGGGCAGAAUUUAACGGGUGAAAUGAUUCCUAUUUGGGGUGUCAGGAUGGACCAGAGAAAGAAAAAAAAGUGAYUCAAGAAAAUCGUAUCGUUCCAAAAUAAUAUUAUUAUAAAUUU